UUUUAAUUUUUUUAGUAGAAACAGGGUGUAACCAUCUUGGCCAGGCUGGUCUUGAACUCCUGACCUUGUGAUCCACCCACCUUGGCCUUCCAAAGUGCUGGGAUUACAGGCGUGAGCCACCACACCUGGCCCCCGGAGUCGAAUUCUUAAAAACAGAAAGUAGAAUAGUGAUUGCCAUAGGCUGGGGGGGAGGUGGUGGAAGAGGGGAGAUGCUGUUUAAUGGGUGCGGGGGUCCGUUUUGCAAGGUGAAAGGUUCUAGAGAUCUGCUGCAUAACUGGGUACGGCCAUGAACACAACUGCACUUGCACCUGAACGUGGCUGAGGCCGCAUUCUAAUUGUUACAGGGUUUUUCUCUUUUUCUGUUUUCUUUUCUUUUCUUUUUUUUUUUUUUGUUGAGAUGGAGUCUCGCUCUGUUGCCCAGGCUGGAGUGCAGUGGCGCGAUCUCGCCUCACUGCAAGGUCUGCCUCCUGGGUUCACGCCAUUCUCCUGCCUCAGCCUCCGGAGAAGCUGGGACUACAGGCGUCUACCACCACGCCCGGCUAAUUUUUUUGUAUUUUUUUUUAGUACAGUCGGGGUUUCACUGUGUUAGCCAGGAUGGUCUCUAUCUCCUGACCUCAUGAUCUGCCCGCCUCAGCCUCCCAAAGUGCUGGGAUUACAGGCGUGAGCCACCGUGCCCAGCCUCUUUUUCUGUUUUCUUAUGGAGAAUAGGCCUUCGGUGAUCAGAAGAGACACAAGAAGGAAAAUAAAGAUUGGAUGACUCUCAGGUCCUAGAGAUAUGGGGUAUGUCCAAAGGCCACACAGAGGCCGGUCAGCACGAGGAGAGAGGGAUAGAGAGCGAGGACCUGUUCUGCUGCUUGUACUGGGUCCCGGGUAUGGGUAGAAGCCUAGAUGGAGAGGAGAGGGGUUGAUGGUGGUUGUGGCCAUGUUGCCCCUUCCUACGUUUGUCAGGGCCAGGGCGGGGCAGGGGGUGUGCCCUCUGCUUUAAGUUGGGCUCCAGGGGUCACAGCUUUGAGUUUCACUUGUAAGCCCAUCAGGAUGUCUGGAACCUUCAGGGCUGCGCCCCAGGAAUGUCAGAUGCUGGAAGCCUGGGAACGGAGGAGGCAGAGCCUGCUGUCCACUGGCUGUGAGAGUUGUUGGGGUGGGGACUUGUCCAGGGCCACGAGGCCAGUGCAGUUCUCUGUGUCUCUGUACCCAGCUGGCCUGUACCUGGAGACCCUGAGCCAGAACCCAGGAUGGGCCCUGGCCUGGGUGCUGCGGCUCCCUCCAUUCUAUGCCCCUGGGGGAAGGUGCUCAGUGCGUGAAUUGUUCCCUGCCCCAGCCCAGGGGAAAGCUGAGGCCAGGGAGCAGCCAGGAUGAAGGUCAGGGCCUCCCUUGGCCCCACCAGACCCAGGGCCGCUUCCCUCCAGCCCCGGCUCCCGUUUGGCUGGAGGUGCCCUGGGCUGUUGGCCUGCCCUCGUCACCGUCAAUCUUGCAGUCUCAGCAGCUGGCCUGGGUUUCAGCGGGAGGCAUCCUGUAGCUGCAGGUUUUCUGGCAGGCAGAGGGUUGGGCUGGCGGGGGACACUGAGUGCCCCACCUGCUCAGACUCUUCAUGCCAUCAAGGGGCCAGUCGGGGGGCAGGUGUGAGUGUGACCCUGAGAGCCCUGACCUGCCACUGCAAACCUCACAGUCUUGCCUGGGUGGGGCAGGGAGGAGCUGGACCCUGGCUUUGGGAGUCUGGUGGGUAAUUAGACCCAGACAGGGAGGGCUCAGUGCGGGUCUGAGGAGGGAACACACGUGUGCAGGCGUGUGCUCCACGGUGGCAUGUUGAUACUGACCAGCCUGGGCACCAGGCCCCCUCGGGAGCCAGCUUUGCUGUUCUGAGUGGAAGGGAGGUCAGGUUUCCCUGAGAAACCCCAAAAUAGCCCCCAACUGUGCCUGGCUUCCAGCGGGCAGCCCAGCCCCCAGGCCCUGUCUUGCUCCCUUUCCCCCUCCACCCCCAGCCCAUGUCCUGCUGUCUCCUCCCUGAAUGGUGGACCCUCAGCCCCUCCCGUACAAGGUGGUCAAGCGGUGCCGAAUGCAUUUGUUCAUUCGAGCUGUCCUGAGAGUUUGUGACGUGCUGGCACGGGGCCAAUGUUGAGUCCACCAGGAUGGGAGGGUGGCCAGGCUCUGAGCCACUGAGCACCAGCUGGCCAGGAUGGGUCUUCAACAAGAAAUCUCACUGGUAAGUGAUGACAGCAUGGGACCAGGGUCCCAUGAAGACCUGCUGGAGGGCCACACCUCUGGGAAGGUAGUCUUGGAGCUUGGUCCAGUGAAGAGGGAACAGCACGGGGAACAGCGUGUGUGAGGGUCCCGCCAUGUCUCAGCCCUUUCCCGGCCCCUGCACUUAGCCUUCGGUGCCCAUCUUCAGGGUCAGGGGAAGCCCAGGCCAAAGCGGGCCGGGAAGGGGCCCUGUGGAUAAGGCCGAGAGCCUGUCCCAAAAUAGGGCCGGCGGGAUUUCCCACCCAUAAAAGGCUCUUGGAAUCUGGACCCCGGGGACCCCAGGCAGCCAGGCCCAGCUAAAACUCAGCUGCCACCACUGCCCCAGCACUCUGCCCACAGCAGCCCUGGUGCCACCACCCUGCAGAAUCCUGUCAGACAACCACCGACAUGACAGAGCGCCUGUCGGCUGAGCAGAUCAAGGAAUACAAGGGAGUCUUUGAGAUGUUCGACGAAGAGGGCAACGGGGAGGUGAAGACGGGGGAGCUGGAGCGGCUCAUGAGCCUGCUGGGCAUCAACCCCACCAAGAGUGAGCUGGCCUUAAUGGCCAAGGACGUGGACAGAGACAACAAAGGGUUCUUCAACUGUGACGGUUUCCUGGCACUAAUGGGAGUUUACCAUGAGAAGGCCCAGAACCAGGAGAGCGAGCUGAGGGCGGCGUUCCGUGUCUUCGACAAAGAGGGCAAGGGCUACAUUGACUGGAACACACUCAAGUACGUGCUAAUGAACGCAGGGGAGCCCCUCAACGAGGUGGAGGCGGAGCAGAUGAUGAAGGAGGCCGACAAGGAUGGGGACGGGACCAUCGACUAUGAGGAGUUUGUGGCCAUGAUGACCGGGGAGUCCUUCAAGCUGAUCCAGUAGGUGCAGCUGCCGCAGCUGGGGGAGGCCUGCCCGGGAAGGCUGCUGCCCCUGCCCCCUGGCCCCCACUCCCCCGGCUCCGUGUAAAAUAAAUGUUCCAGCCC